CCCUUCUUAUCGCAGAGCCUGUAAGGAUGCGGCCCCUGAAGCCCAGCCCAGGGCUUGGGGGGCAGCAGUGGCUGCUGCCCCUCUUGUUGCUGGCACUUCUACUCCUGCUGGCUCCAUGCCCAGGCCAGGCCACUCGGGUGGUGUACAAGGUGCCGGAGGAACAGCCGCCCAACACGCUCAUCGGGAGCCUUGCGGCUGACUAUGGCUUUCCAGAAAAGGACCACCUGUACAAGCUCGAGAUAGGUGCCCCCUACCUCCGAGUAGAUGGCAAGACUGGUGACAUUUUCACUACUGAGACCUCCAUCGACCGAGAGGGCCUCCGUGAAUGCCAGAACCAGCUCCCUGGUGAGCCCUGCAUCCUGGAGUUCGAGGUGUCCAUCACUGAUCUGGUGCAGAAUGGCAGCCCCCGACUCCUCGAGGGCCAGAUAGAGGUGCAGGACAUCAAUGACAACACACCCAACUUUGCCUCGCCAGUCAUCACUUUGACCAUCCCUGAGAACACCAACAUCGGCUCACUCUUUCCCAUCCCGCUGGCUUCAGACCGUGAUGCUGGCCCCAACGGUGUGGCAUCCUAUGAGCUGCAAGCUGGGCCCGAGGCUCAGGAGCUUUUUGGGUUGCAGGUGGCAGAGGACCAGGAAGAGAAGCAGCCACAGCUCAUCGUGAUGGGCAAUCUGGACCGCGAGCGCUGGGACUCCUACGACCUCACCAUCAAGGUGCAGGAUGGUGGCAGUCCUCCCCGCGCCAGCAGUGCCCUGCUCCGGGUCACCGUGCUCGAUACCAACGACAAUGCCCCCAAGUUCGAGCGGCCCACCUAUGAGGCUGAGCUGUCAGAGAACAGUCCCAUAGGCCACUCGGUCAUUCAGGUGAAGGCCAAUGACUCGGACCAAGGUGCCAACGCAGAGAUUGACUACACCUUCCACCAGGCUCCUGAGAUCGUGCGGCGCCUCCUGCGACUGGACAGGAACACUGGACUGAUCACCGUCCAGGGCCCUGUGGACCGUGAGGACUUGAGCACCCUGCGCUUCUCCGUGCUUGCCAAGGAUCGGGGUGCCAACCCCAAGAGUGCCCGUGCACAGGUGGUGGUGACCGUCAAGGACAUGAAUGACAAUGCUCCCACCAUUGAGAUCCGGGGCAUAGGGCUGGUGACUCAUCAGGACGGGAUGGCUAACAUCUCAGAGGAUGUGGCUGAGGAGACGGCUGUGGCCCUGGUACAGGUGUCUGACCGAGAUGAGGGUGAGAAUGCAGCUGUCACCUGUGUAGUGGCGGGUGAUGUUCCCUUCCAGCUACGUCAGGCCAGCGAGACAGGCAGUGACAGCAAGAAGAAGUACUUCUUGCAGACUACCACCCCGCUUGACUAUGAGAAGGUCAAGGAUUACACCAUUGAGAUAGUGGCCGUGGACUCUGGCAACCCACCCCUAUCGAGCACCAAUUCCCUCAAGGUGCAGGUGGUGGAUGUCAAUGACAACGCGCCCAUCUUCACCCAGAGCAUCACCGAAGUCGCCUUCCCGGAAAACAACAAACCUGGUGAAGUGGUGGCCGAGGUCACUGCCAGCGACGCUGACUCUGGCUCAAAUGCAGAGCUGGUCUAUUCUCUGGAACCAGAGCCAGCUGCCAAGGGACUCUUCACUAUCUCACCUGACAGUGGAGAGAUCCGGGUGAAGACGUCCCUCGAUCGGGAGCAGCGGGACAGCUACGAGCUGAAAGUGGUGGCCGCCGACCGGGGCAGCCCCAGCCUGCAGGGCACAGCCACUGUGCUCAUCAAUGUGCUGGACUGCAAUGACAACGACCCCAAGUUUAUGCUGAGUGGCUACAACUUCUCGGUGAUGGAAAAUAUGCCAGCACUGAGUCCCGUGGGCAUGGUGACCGUCAUCGAUGGGGACAAGGGGGAGAAUGCCCAUGUGCAGCUCUCUGUGGAGCAGGACAACGGUGACUUCGUGAUCCAGAAUGGCACGGGCACCAUCCUCUCCAGCCUAAGCUUUGAUCGAGAGCAACAGAGCACCUACACCUUCCAACUGAAGGCAGUGGAUGGUGGCGUGCCACCCCGUUCGGCCUACGUUGGGGUCACCAUCAAUGUGCUGGAUGAAAAUGACAAUGCACCCUUUAUCACAGCCCCAUCCAAUACCUCCCACCGGCUGCUGACUCCCCAGACGCGUCUUGGCGAGACGGUCAGCCAGGUGACGGCCGAGGACAUUGAUUCUGGUGUCAAUGCUGAGCUUACCUACAGCAUUGCUGGGGGCAACCCCUAUGGGCUCUUCCAGAUUGGUUCCCACUCGGGGGCCAUCACACUGGAGAAAGAGAUCGAGCGACGCCACCAUGGGCUUCACCGCCUAGUGGUGAAGGUCAGUGACCGCGGCAAGCCCCCACGCUAUGGCACAGCCUUGGUCCACCUCUAUGUCAACGAGACUCUGGCCAACCGCACACUCCUGGAGACCUUGCUGGGCCACAGCCUGGACACGCCGCUGGAUAUCGACAUUGCCGGGGACCCAGAGUACGAGCGCUCCAAGCAGCGUGGCAACAUUCUCUUUGGAGUGGUGGCUGGUGUCGUGGCCGUGGCCUUGCUCAUUGCCCUGGCGGUACUUGUGCGCUACUGCCGGCAACGGGAAGCCAAGAGUGGCUACCAGGCUGGCAAGAAGGAGACCAAGGACUUGUAUGCCCCCAAGCCCAGUGGCAAAACCUCCAAGGGCAAUAAGAGCAAGGGCAAGAAGAGCAAAUCCCCGAAGCCCGUGAAGCCGGUGGAGGAUGAAGAUGAGGCCGGGCUGCAGAAGUCCCUCAAGUUCAACCUAAUGAGCGACGCCCCUGGGGACAGUCCCCGGAUCCAUCUGCCCCUAAACUACCCACCUGGCAGCCCAGACCUGGGCCGCCACUACCGCUCCAAUUCCCCACUGCCUUCCAUCCAGCUGCAGCCCCAGUCGCCCUCGGCCUCCAAGAAGCACCAGGUGGUGCAGGACCUGCCGCCUGCAAACACGUUUGUGGGCACCGGGGACACCACGUCCACGGGCUCCGAGCAGUACUCCGACUACAGCUACCGCACCAAUCCCCCCAAAUACCCCAGCAAGCAGUUACCUCACCGCCGAGUCACCUUCUCGGCCACCAGCCAGGCCCAGGAGCUUCAGGACCCAUCACAGCACAGCUACUACGAUAGUGGCCUGGAGGAGUCAGAGACGCCAUCCAGCAAGUCCUCCUCAGGGCCCCGCCUCGGUCCCUUGGCCCUGCCUGAGGAUCACUACGAGCGCACUACCCCCGACGGCAGUAUAGGGGAGAUGGAGCACCCCGAGAAUGACCUCCGUCCUUUGCCUGACGUCGCCAUGACAGGCACAUGUACCCGGGAGUGCAGUGAGUUUGGCCACUCUGACACAUGCUGGAUGCCCGGCCAGUCGUCUCCCAGCCGCCGGACCAAGAGCAGCGCCCUCAAACUCUCCACCUUCGUGCCUUACCAGGACCGAGGAGGGCAGGAGCCUGCAGGCGCCGGCAGCCCCAGCCCCCCGGAAGACCGGAACACCAAAACGGCCCCUGUGCGCCUCCUGCCCUCCUACAGUGCCUUCUCCCACAGUAGCCAUGACUCCUGCAAGGACUCGGCCACCUUGGAGGAGAUCCCCCUGACCCAGACCUCCGACUUCCCACCCACAGCCACACCGGCAUCCGCCCAGACGACCAAGCGUGAGAUCUACCUGUGAGCCCCUUUGGCCAACUGGCCAUACCCUCCCCCAAACGCAGGCCUGUCCCUGCGGGGCGGCCAGGCCUGGCCCAGGGCCCUCCCUCUCGACCCCUCCCAGUGUGGACUCAUGGCCAGGGCCCAGACAGAGUGGAGGGAUACUGGCCUCGAGACCAUGCUGGCCUUUCCCCCAUGCAGGGUCCAGGUCCUCUUCCCCACUUCCACCCUCCUCCAAUCCCCAGGAGCCUCUUUUUCCCUUUUGAGGGGCUCCCCCAGCUCAUGUCCAGGAGGGCUCCCUCCCCUCCUCUUCCAGGGAGCACUCCCUCACUUUGGGCAGGUGGUAGAGUCGGGGUGGGUAGCACACUCUUACAUCCUGCAUGACUGGCCCCUGGCCAGGACAGCAGGCCCCUGUGUAUUUUUUAGCCCUGAGGCAGGGCUGAAUUGGGGAGCCCCUCUCCCUGGGAACACCCAGAGGAGACUCUGACUGUCAGGGGCUCCCUGAAGGGCUUUAGUUACCAAAGGUGGGCUGGGAACCGGGGAGGAAGUGAGGUACGGGCCUUGGCACCCAGGGCUGUGCCUGGCCUGGCACCCUGGCCUGGUCCUCUGGCUCCCCUUUCCCCUGCUGGUCAUGCAGUGUCUGUAUAUAAGGACCUUGGAAUGAUGUCCCCAUUUCUGCCUGAUUUGCAACUUUUCUCGUUGAUGUUGUGUUGUCUUGGGGGAACCCCUCGGUGGAGGGGGACCUGCCCUGUGCCCCCUCCCCCCUUUCGCAGUGCCCUCCACCCCAGGCCUCUACUGUUCCAUGUUGUAAAUACCCCUAGGGCCGUGGUGGGAUGGGGGUGCAGGCCAGGGAAACAACGGGUGGGUGGGGUGGGGACGGGGUAACUUUCGCCUAUCAGCAGAGCUGGGCUUUUAUUUAAUUUUUUUUUAAGAAAAAAUACAAAUCUCUAUUUUUUUGGAACUGUUGCGCUGUGCCCUGGGGGGUGGGGACCCCCCACUCAGGCUGGCUUCCCACACCCAGAUGCGCAUCACAGAGGAGUCCUAAGGCUGUGGGGGCAGCUGGACAGGGGUGGGAUGACUGUGCCUCUGGCCUGGCUGGGUGAGUUGGGAGCAGGAAGGUUUGCUCAGGGGGUGGCUGACGGCUGCCCCCAACAUGGGGACCUGCACCCUCUGCCCUCCCUAUCCCCCAGCCCCCUGCCAUGACUGACCCAUCAGCCUGUAAAACCACCAUUGCCUUGACCUCAGGGGGUGGAAGGGCUGCCUCAGGGCACCCAGGACUCCAGGCCCCCCCCUCUUCUUCCAGUUGGGCUUCCCUUGCCAGGGUCAGGAGUCCUAUGGGGGAGGGGCAGAGAGACUGGGGCAGGACAGAGAAGCCCAGUCAGCCAUGAUGAGGUGGGGGGUCUUGCCUUCACCUCAGGGGGGCCAGGGUGUGAGGGGUGUCCUACAGAACGCCCCCCUCAAAGCCUCAGCCCCUCUUCCUUCCAGAAACCCCCACUGCCUUGGCCCAUACCUCUCCGGUCCCCCAGGGGCCAGGCUGGGAGGCUGGAGACUCAGGGUAUGGCCCUUGCUUAGUUAUCUAAGCUUGGGAGUUGGGGAGGGGGGUUCCAAGUGUGGGAAGGCUAGGGCAUAGGCUGCUGGGUCAUCCGGUGCCUUUGGGAGCUGUGCUGCUGGGGGUCUCGACUCCUGUAACCCCAGAGACCCCAUCCCCACCCCCAGAAAAGUCAGGGGCUGAAGAAUAACCCUCUUCUCUGCCCCUCAGUUGGCUUGGGGUAGCAGUGUGGGGAAGAGCUUCAUUAGACUAGCAGCUCCAGCCAACUUGGCCCUUCUGUGGGGGGGCAGGAGGCAGGGUGGAGUGGGGCAGCAGCAGCCAGGUCUUGGCAUAGGCCAAAGGCUCCUUUCCCUGGGGGAAGCCCAGGAAGUGGGCUUGGGGGUUUGUUUAUGAGACACAGCCCCUUUCCCCUGCACAAACGGGGCAGGUGCAAUAGUGGUUGAGUUGGGAGCCUGAGGUGCCCAGCAGGAGGGGCAGUGCCUGCAGGGCUGCCAGUCCACUCCCUGCCCCAGUCCUGGAAGUCAGGACUAGGGCAAGAAGAUUGUAGGAGGCCCACGUGCUUGGUGGACAGGGUGGUCUAGACAGGAGGCAUUCCUGGAGUCUGUGGACUCCUGCCAGAAGCCCCUAGUGGCCUGGGUCCCAUGUCUCUGGUUUCAGAGACCCCACCCCCACCCCCCAGCACUGAGGAUAAUACGGGCAGAGGAGCAUUUUGCACAAUGGAAAAGCCAGAAGGAAGAGUGUGGCCCAGCGGUGGGGAGGGCUCCAACAAGCGCAGCACAGUGCAGCGUGGCAGACGCCCUCUUCGCAGGCCAAGGCAGUGAGCUGCCCUGGCCCCCUGGUUGGGGUUGGGGCACUCCAUCUCUCAUCACCUGGGCACUCAAGAGGAGAAACCAAAGGUGGGCCGGGGUGGGCGGCAGCGCUGGGGACCAGACCUGCUGGUCAGAGGUCAGCAAAGCCCUCCUUGUUGCCUGUGUCGCGUGCAGUUUUAUGUACCAAUAGGCGACAUUCGGCCAGAGGAAUCCCCCUCCCUCUCAAGCCCAGCCUGACCUAGUCAGUGUCUUCCUAGAGGGGACUUAUGGGUCCCCUGCCCCCCCUCUCACUUCAGGGCCUGUCUCUAGGAGGAGGACAUACGGGGACAUUUAACCUUUUGGGUCCCUGAGGCAUGUGUAUGGGGGAGGUUGGUAGGCAACCCUCACUGCUGGCGGGUCCCCAGGACCCUCACUCUCCCCUUGGUUGUCUCUGGGGCACCACAGGAGUGUCUCCCCUUCCCACCCAGGUUCCCUGGGGAGCCUGUUUCCUUCCAGAAUCCUUGGGAGCACUUAAGGCAAGUUAGGCCCUGCCAGUGGCCAGCACAUCCCUUCCCAGGGAAGGGGUCUCUGGCCCUCCCUCGGCCCUCCUAUGUAGGUUGUCCCUGCCCCGCAGCACUUGGGGUUGAGGCCAGACAUUUCUGAGUUCUUUUCCUCCUAGGGGCUCUGGGCGUCACUUCUCUGUCCUGAGGGCCAGGCCUCUGGAGCCAUUUCUUCCCUGGGUGGCCUGGUCUCCAGGAGCUGGGAGGGAUGGUCUAAGCUAGGAGAAAGUCUCUUAGGGGGCGUCUCCGUGCGGGACUUCUCUGGCACAGGCCGCAGGGACACUGUGUCCCACUAGUGUGGGGCUCUGGGGUGGGUGUGUUUGCCCCUGGGGAGGGGGAAGACUGUGUCUCCUCGGGUUAUUGGAGCGGGGAGGGGGGCCGUGUCUCUCUCGUGGGGCUGGGGGGGCCAGGGAGGGGGGUUGGGGCGCGUCGGGUGCCCAUCCGGGGUCGUGUUUCUCUUGGUUUGUGCCACUUCCCACCGCCUCGCUCCUCCCGGGAAGGGCCCCUGUCCCACUCCCACUCCGCCCCACCCCCCGCGCUGCGAGCACAAUCCCGUUGAUUUGUAAUGAUUUCUGUCUUUUUCUGUCUCUUUCUCUGACCGUCCCCCACCCCACCCGCCGCGAGCAUGCGCAGGCACCGCCCCUGUUCCCUUCGGUUCGGUUCGUUUCCGGUUUGUUUGCUGAGCUGUCAAUGGAAGACCCAUGUAAUUAUCCCCCCCCCUCCACCCUGAGCUUUACAAUAAAAGUGUGAAAACCGGA